UCCAGUACCGAUGCAACUGGUAAACCGACACAACAUAGAAUGUUCCAGUUAUUCAGCUACACACUUCUGACAGUUUUAACUGUCGACCUUUUGGCAACUUCUGGCGACAUUACUAUAACAUGGACUUCUCCGAUUAUACCUAAAUUGUAUUCGAACGACUCUGACGAAAACCCGUUCGGUCGGUCCAUCACGGAAGACGAGGAAUCAUGGAUUGGCUCCUUAAUCAACAUAGGGGCUAUGUUGGGGCCGUUCCCUUACGGCUUCAUAGCGGAGAAGUAUGGACGAAAAUUCGGUCUACUGAGUACCGCUAUCCCUUUUAUUAUAUCGUUUGUGACUCUGGCUUUCGCUAAUUCGAUCUACUUGUACUACUUUGCACGACUUCUUGCUGGAAUCGCGAUUGGUGGUGGCUACACGCUACUACCUAUGUAUGUAGCGGAAGUGGCUGAAGACUCCAAUCGCGGUACUUUGUCAGUAACCCUCAACAUUUUUUGGACUUUUGGAAACUUAAUUCCGUACGUGAUUGGCCCCUACACACCCAUUCUGGCCUUCAAUAUCGUCCUAGCCGCUAUACCUGCAGCGUUUUUCGUACUGUUUCUCUUAAUGGGUCCCGAAUCUCCCUACUACUUAAUUAGUGUUAACAAAAUGGAGCAAGCUCAAGAAUCUCUCAUGAAACUAAGAUCCAACAACAAAAAGGCGGUUGAAAACGAAAUGAGCUACAUCAAGUCCGAACUCCAAGAGAACAAAGACAACACCAGCAUCAUCGACUUUUUCAAAUCCAGAAUCUACAUGAAGGGUUUAGUCAUUUCGUUCGUUUUAAUACUAACCCAACAACUCAGCGGGAUCAACGCCAUUUUGUUCUACACUGAAGAAAUCUUCCAAGAUGCCGGAGCCAAUGGGCUAUCGCCCGAAGUGUCUUCGAUUAUCAUAGGUUUAGUUGUGUUUUUGUCAAGUUUUGGUACACCGUUUUUGGUGGACCGGCUUGGGCGAAAACUUUUGCUUUUAGUGUCGUUGCUGGGGGUGUCUUUGGCACAUGUUACUUUCGGGGUUUAUUUUUACUUUAAAGCGUCUCCAAAUUAUGACGCUACUCCAAUAUCGUUUCUACCUAUUGUGAGUUUAAUUACUUUUAUUAUAAUGUACAACAUCGGGCUGGGACCAAUACCAUGGACCGUUUCCUCUGAGUUAUUUCCAACCAGCGUGAAACCGUAUGCUGCUGCUCUGGUGGCAUGGGCUUGUUGGACGACGUCGUUCCUUGUCACGAAAUUCUUCAACAAUCUCAACGAAAGCGUGGGUGAAGGGGAAACGUUUUGGUUGUUUAGUGGUUUCUGCUUUGCCGGAUGGAUUUUUACAUUGUUUUACGUUCCAGAAACCAAAGGAAAGAGCUUUCAAGAUAUACAAGAUAUUUUAAAACAAAAAUAAGUUAUUUUUAGUGACUAGAGUU